AUGAAGUCUUUGCUCCUAUUAGCUAGCGUGCUUUGUCUUGCGCUGAUCGUGUCCGCUCGGCCGACCGAGGAGACUCCCGAUCAAGAAUCAUCAACCGAACUAAGCGAAGACACUUCAUCGGACGAUACACAGGAAGAAGAGGCAUUAGAAACCGAUACUGAAUCAGGUGCAGAUGCUAGUGAAACGGAAGGUGAUGACACCGGCGAAUCGGAAUCCUCUCCAGAAGAGAAACAUUCUGAUGGUACCGCAAGUGAUGGUGACGAAGGAACUGAGGACACCGAGGAAGGAGAUGCCGAAGGACAUGACGACGGUAGUGAAGAAGGAGCUGCUGAUGAUGCUGGCGAACAAGGCGAAGCAGAAGGUGGGGAAGAAUCGCCCAGAAAUACUUAUAAUCAGGUGCACAAGCUGCUGAAAAAUAUCAUGAAGGUUAGCAUGAAGGACAAAUACUUGAAGUCCUUCGUGUUGGCUCGCCUUCAGGAACGCUUGAUGAAUCCAACAAUUGAUCUGGUCAGCUCGAUUGAGAAGUAUUCUAAGAUUAAGGAAUGCUUCAGCGCUCUGGCAAAUGAUGUAAGUGCACUGGUGAAGGGGUCGGAAAAAUCUUACGAAGAGUGCACCAAGGACAAGGUCAAUCCCAGCUGCGGCACUGAAGGCACACGAGAACUUGAUGAUGGCCUUAUCGAACGAGAGCAGGAACUAACGGAUUGUAUCGUUGAAAAGCGCGACGCCGAAUGA